CCCGAUACAUUGUAUAGUACGGGUUUGUUCGCCUGCAGUGUGGGUCAAACUCAAAAAUUAAUGACAUUUCUGUGAAAUUUUAAAACAUAUUUUUUUUUUCAUUUUUGAGGGGGUGUGUUCGGAAUUUCGGAGGGCGAAUAAGUGGAAAAAUGAUUGUAAAUAGUUUUCAGGUCGUAACUGUUGGCUUAGUUUUAGUUAUAGGUAUAGAAUUAUGUGGGGCUUGCGAAAAUGGACAAAUGAAACAGGGUUGCUUAAUAAGAAAUUUGGUUUGUUCGUGUGGAUUCGGAUGCGUCUCGGACUACCGGUAUAAUAAUAUGCAGGAUUGUCAAGCUGCUCUAAGAGGAAAAAAGAAGGACAUAUGCAAAGUACAAAUUCCAUGUUUACACGGUGGUACGUGCAUCCAAGUCUCCCAAGACCCCGGAUACAAAUGUCGCUGCGAGGGAAGCGGAUAUUACGGAGCCAGAUGUCAUAGGCCUUGUCCAAUCUCGGGAGCCGGGCGAAUAGGAGACAGAAAUUUCCCUUAUGAGUGCAUAGAAAUAUAAGUUCUACUUUUUUUGUAACUUUUUGUUUAGUUCCUGUGUGUGUUCAAGUAAAGUUUUCGUAACUAAUAA